UUGGCCACGGCGUGGGAAGCCGCUCUGGGGGAGCUUGGAACUCCUGAUCACGGCUUCUUGGGGGUAGCUGCAGCUGGGUGGGUAGAACGGGGCCAGGUCCCCCAGCAGGAACCCCAGUGGGACACACAGGUGCAUCGGGUGCCUGAGGACUCCGUGACCCUCCUGCCCUGGGUCGGUGCCCUCCCAGCUCUACAGACGGCUCCCAGGGAGAACUCGGUGGAACUUCAGAAACAGUGGGCAGCACUGGACUUGGACCAAUGCCCCUGUCCCUGGGAGCCGGCAUGUGGGGGCUUGAGGCCUGGCUGCUGCUGCUGCUCCUGGCGUCACUCACAGUGCCUCCCCUGCCCUCACUGAAUCCUGGUCCAGCGCUCGAAGAGGGCCAGGGCCUGACUCUGGCUGCCUCCUGCACAGCCGAGGGCAGCCCAGCCCCCAACGUUACCUGGGACACAGAGGUCAAGGGCACCAUGUCCAGCCGCUCCUUUAAGCACUCCCGCUCUGCGGCUGUCACUUCUGAGUUCCAUCUGGUGCCCAGCCGCAGCAUGAAUGGGCAGCCACUCACCUGUGUGGUUUCCCACCCAGGCCUGCUCCAGGACCAGAGGAUCACCCACAUCCUCCAAGUGGCCUUCCUUGCUGAGGCCUCUGUGAGGGGCCUUGAAGACCAGAAACUGUGGCAGGUUGGCAGAGAAGGUGCUAUGCUCAAGUGCCUGAGUGAGGGGCAGCCCCCUCCCUCCUACAACUGGACACGGCUGGACGGGCCUCUGCCAAGUGGGAUGCGUGUGGAAGGGGACACCCUGGGCUUCCCCCCGCUGACCUCGGAACACAGUGGUAUCUAUGUCUGCCACGUCAGCAAUGAGCUGGCCUCCCGGGAUUCUCAGGUCACUGUGGAGGUUCUUGACCCAGAGGAGGCCUCGGUGAAGCAGGUGGACCUGGUGUCAGCCUCUGUGGUGGUGGUGGGUGUCAUUGCCGCCCUCCUGUUCUGCCUGCUGGUGGUGGUGGUGCUGCUGAUGUCGCGAUACCAUCGGCGCAAGGCGCAGCAGAUGACCCAGAAAUAUGAGGAGGAGCUGACCCUGACCAGGGAGAACUCCAUCCGGAGGCUGCAUUCCCACCACUCCGACCCCAGGAACCAGCCGGAGGAGAGUGUAGGGCUGAGAGCCGAGGGCCACCCUGAUAGUCUCAAGGACAACAGUAGCUGCUCUGUGAUGAGUGAAGAGCCGGAGGGCCGCAGUUACUCCACGCUGACCACUGUGCGAGAGAUAGAGACGCAGACUGAGCUGCUGUCUCCGGGCUCCGAGCGGGCAGAGGAGGAGCAGGACUGCGACGAAGGCAUCAAGCAGGCCAUGAACCACUUUGUGCAGGAGAACGGGACGCUGCGGGCCAAGCCCACGGGCAAUGGCAUCUACAUCAAUGGGCGGGGGCACCUGGUCUGACCCAGGCCCACCUCCCCGAAGCCUGGCUCCCUCUGCUGACAUGGGGGCUUUCAGCUCAUCUCAGGGGCCCCCCCAAACAGCCCACUGAUGACUGCUCCACCUUUUCCUCCAGCCCUUGUGUCUGACACCCAGAUGGCUCUAUUGGUUGAGUCCCUGUCCAUGUGUGCAGGGCCUGGAAUGUUCUGGACUCUUGGACCAAAGAAGAGACUCCCAGCCCUGCUCCCCAACCAGCCCGGGACUUUGGAUCUGGGAUCCUAGUAUGUACAUUCUAUGUAAAUAUGUCCAUAUUUGUACAUAAAACCACAUUCUGUUUUUAAAUAAACAGAUGAUACCUGU